UUGUCUAUUCCAUAAAUCUAGCUUUUCUAACCAAAUAAAUCGACGGUUAACUACAGAAUGCAAUAAAUUACAUUAAAGUACGUUAGUGUCGAUGCCAGCUACUCGGCUGUUUACGUGAAUCCGAAAAGACACGAAGUGUAAAACCCGUCCCAUUACAGUGCCGUCGCCCACCCGCCGCGGGAAGGAGGUAGGUUAGAGCCGCUAAAUGAAGGCAUUGUUGACACUUAGGAGCCGAGACAGCCUGCGGGAGCCCUGGCCUUCCUAUUUCAAAUUUACACCGUGAGGCUGGAGAAGCGCUUAAUCAUUUGUUCUGUCACCAGGGAAUGUUGCGGACCGUAUGGGGACUGCGUGACAAGGAGCUACGGCGCCGAGCACGAACGGAUACAUUUAGAGGUUGAUGAUCUGCAUGUGGUACCGAGUAGGGAAGCCAACAAAAGUAAACACAUUGAGUUUUCUCUAUAGCACAACCCUAGAAACACACGUUUACAUUAAAAGAAGAAAAAGGCGGUGCCUGCUAAUUCCUGGAAAAGGACAAACCUCCGACCAAAAUGGCACAUCUAUCGUCUGUAGGAUGGGUUUUAUUCGCUGAAGUUGUUCAGACUUGAGCUAUAAGCAGCGAGAUAGGACGCUUGUCUAACAUUAUCAGUAAAGGACCUCCUGUUUUAUGCGUUCGACAGACAGCCAAUCAAAUCUGUUAUUCAAACAGAUGCUCUUGUGUCAGUGACCUGUAUCUCAUGCAUGUGCGCACAGAUCCAACAGUAACCUCUCCAACAGAUCAGAGAGCAUGGGGCUCAAGGGGUUAGACAGUCAAGCGCAGCCGUCUAGCGGAGUUUCCCAGACGGAGCAGCCGGAUGCAGACCCUCAGAUGGAGCAGGGAGAUGCUCCCCAAGAAGCAGAGAGGAACAAGAAUGACCAAGCGGCAGACAGCGAGUGCAAAAUCGUGCAAGAAGAACGCACCGUGCAGAUGAUCGAGGCCAGGUGCAAGCCGCCCCUUUCCCCGGUAUGUGAUUCCGAGGCAGGUGUCCAGGGUGAGAACCACGGCCAAGUAGCCAGAUUCGUUCCACCCGAAGGAGGUUUCGGCUGGCUGGUGGUUUUUGCUUCCACUUGGUGCAAUGGUUCAAUCUUCGGGAUUCAGAACUCUUUCGGCAUCCUGCAUAUGAUGCUAGUGAAGGAGCAUGCAGACCCAGAUGACAAAACGUCUCAGUUCAAAGUGGCCUGGGUUGGAGCCUUGGCUAUGGGCAUGAUCUUCUUCUGUUCACCCGUGGUCAGCAUGUUCACAGACCGCUUUGGCUGUAGGAAGACUGCCGUCGGUGGGGCAGUUCUAGCUUUUAUAGGGCUACUCAGCACAUCCUUUGCAAACUCUUUGGGCCUUCGUUAUUUCACAUAUGGCAUGCUGUUUGGCUGUGGAUCUUCUUUUGCCUUCCAGCCUUCAGUAGUAAUCCUUGGCCACUACUUCUGCCAGCGCCUGGGCCUGGCCAAUGGCUUGGUGACGGCUGGUGCCAGCCUGUUCUCCAUGGGCCUCCCAGUUUUCCUCAACAAGGUGGUGGAACCUCUGGGCCUCAGCAGGACCUUCCAAAUCCUCAGCCUCUUCAUGCUGGUCCAAGCCCUGCUGGCUCUGACGUUCAAACCUUUGCUACCUGCUGGAGGAGGCAUGGGACCACCUGGCAUGGGUCCUGGCCCUUGAAAAAAAAAAGGGGCUACCACUCAGGGUCGGAGCAGGUGGAGCAGGGUUCUGGCUGGGAUCAGAAAAUACUUAAAUCUGCGUGUGUUUCACAUCAGGACAUACCGGAUAUGGGCGUUUGGAGUAGCUACAGCUGUCCUGGGCUACUUUGUGCCGUAUAUUCAUCUGAUUAACUUUGCGAAGAAGCAGUUCAAGGAGACAGAAAAGGAAUGGGUGCUCCUGGUGUGCAUAGGAGCUUCAUCCGGGGUGGGACGCCUCGCUUUUGGCAAAAUCGGGGACCUCAUUCCUGGCGUUCAAAAGAUCUAUAUGCAGGUGGUGUCCUUCAUGGCUCUGGGACUAAUGUCCAUGAUGAUUCCUCAGUGUGAUGUGUUCGAGGGGUUGGUCGUUGUGUGUGUGUUUCUGGGGCUGUGUGAUGGCUGUUUCCUCACCCUGAUGGCUCCUAUAGUGUUCGAGCUGGUUGGGCCCAUGCAGGCCUCGCAGGCCAUAGGCUACCUACUAGGCCUCAUGGCUCUGCCCAUGACAGCAGGUCCACCCAUCGCUGGUCUCCUACAUGACUACUUUGGGAACUACACAGUGGCCUUCUCUCUGGCUGGGGUGCCUCCUAUGGUGGGGGGCAUGGUGCUGUUUUUUGUGCCCCUCAUACACCGCAGGCUCCAGCGAGGCCAGGCAGCGUUACCAGAGGAGACAUCCCCUGCUGCCCCAAUACUGGCCAACUACCCACCACCGGAGGAGCCCAAGAUCUGCUCCAAUGGAGACAUCCUGCCUGGCUACACUGACGUAGAGACACACAUCUGAGUUGCACCAUACAAAGGUUACAUACAUUUACCAUCCACAUUACACAUAAUUCACCUAGACCUGAAAAUACAUAAACACGCAUUGCUCCUGAUGUUCAGUGAUCUCUCUGCUUUUGUCCAAGGAUUCAGCCCACCAGCACCUUUUCUCAUUCUUAGAUUGCCCUCCUCCAAACCAGAGCUCCCAGCAAGCCACUUCCUGUUGGCCAAACUUUAAACCCACUUGGACCCUCAUGGGCUGUUUGUUAUUCUGAUACGUAGAGAAGUAAAAAUGGGGGCUCUGCCUACUGUACAAACCACAGAGGACAAAAAGAAGGUGGAGAAGCACAACACAGUCUCAACUACAACUGUUCAUCAGCCUCCAAAAAGGAGACACAUUAACCAACUGUACAGUAGCAGUGUCUGAUUUCACAGCAUUUAUCAUGUAUUCAGUAACUAUGCUUUCUUUUUUAGAUUCCAUAUAAGCAUUGUUAAGAUCAAGAGGUAUAUAAAAUAAGAACAGUGAAGGGAUAAACUUACUUUUUAAACUUUUAAAUGUAGUACCAAAUGAAUCUAGUUUUUUUUUUUUGUUUUAAGCACUGUGUUAUAUUUAGUUUGUAUAGCUGAACCAAUAUUAUCUUGGGUGACUUUCAGGUUUCCUUCAUUCAGUUUGACUGUUUGCUGCUAUGGCAGCUACAAGAGAUACAAUACGUAUCUGUUGUAAGUGUCACUGGAGACAACAGACAAUUCAUUAAAAGGAUUAGCCAACAGAUGCAAUCACCUCAACUCAUCCACAUGCUGCAUCACACUGUGCACACAGCCAGGGUCUUUAUCAAAAUGACUUCAACUACUCUACCAGUUCCACUGAUUCACGCCAUGAGCCCUAGAGUUUUUGAUUUGUUUCACAGUUCAGUGAAUGCAGCGUGUGGCAGGUUAAUGUAUGCAAAGACCACUGUGUGCUGUGAGCACUGUGCAUCUGCUGCUUAAAUUACUGAAACUAAACACUACAGCUGUUAGUCUUCUCAUGAGCCAGCCUUAACUUUUCAGCUUCUAACUCUAGUUUUUAUUCAUUUUUUUUACCACAGUGCUAGACAAAUCAGCAUAAACUGUUUGUUACGACUUUGAAAAACUAUUCAUAGAAGGGUUUUUUUUGGUGGGCACACCUUAUACACAUUUAAGUGGAAAGAACUGGACUCAUGCAAUCCUAACAGGAGACUGUUGGUAGCGUAGGGUUACAUCAACUUAACUAAAGUCAUUUCUGUAUCAUUUUAUUUGAAAUUGUUCCUCUGUGUGAAUGUGUGCAGCACCUUUGCAUCUGCAUUAUUAUAGUAGAGACAGUUAUGUUAUAUGAAACCAUUACAUUACAUUGAUAAGAGGGAACUACUGAGAUAAAAUCGCCCAACUACCUGUGCUCUCACCAGUCCAUCUCAUAAUCCAAUCAAUUUGCUGCUUUGAGUUUUGUGCCUUGACGGCUUCACUCACUGUGUUGGCUAUACUGAAACAAAACAUCACAACCUCACUGACACAGUCCCUCAAGAGGACAGCUUGUGGUUACUGUUAAUGUUCAGACCAUUUACCUCUGCACUCUUAUAUUACAGGAUCUUAGUGAACAGAUGUGAAGUAGAGGUGCAAUAAUCAACUGCUUAACUUACACUGUGAGUAUAUGCAUAACUGAAUAGCAGAGGGGGGAACUGGGACAAGGAGAUGCCCAGGUGUUUAGCUGGUAAUCCAUUCUGUCAGUCCCCCUCUUUGCUUUUGCUGCCAUUAUUCAGUCUGUGUUACAACACUUGAGAGCCUGAAAGCUACACAAACCUCACUGCUGAGUGUAGUUUUGGGGAGGCAAUGCUAUAGGAGAAGCAUUUCUUAACAGCAGACAUACACCUAUACCUCUGUAAUCAGUCAAUCCUCAGCAAGCCAGCUGAACAUGUUGACAUUCUCAUUACUUACUACUCUAUUUUCACCGUUCUGUGCAAUGUUGCAGCAAUCUGAAUCAGGUGUCCGAACUACAAAGCUGCCAGACACCUCUUUUCAAUCAACCUUGCUUCCUCCGAUACCUCAUUAGUGUCUGUUUAACUGUAGAAAUGUCAGACUUCCAUUCCUCAUAAUUUAACAGUUGGUGCAUAAUCAGUUUAACAUUUAAAUGUUUCCUUCCUUCUUGUCAUACUUUCAUAUCUGUUUUCUCUAGUUUUGAUCCUCUUUAUUGCUGCUCUGUCUGUUACCUCUUCCUGCACCAUUUCUAAUUGUCAUUACUGCUUAUCCUUCUCACAGCCUGUUUUCUCUGUCUGUAAUUGUAGAAAUGCAGUCACUUAAAUGUCUGAUAUCCUUAACUAAAGUUAGGGGAAAACACACAAACAUAAGCAGUUGAGAUACAUACGCUGGUUAGAGAGAGUAAAGCUGGUUUGACGGCAACAAGAGACACCUCUAAUUUGACUGAGGCAAUGUAAAAUUCUCUUGGCAGCACAGAUGUUGAUGCUAUUUGCAGCAGCUACUAAGAGACGUUAAAAAAAGCAGUGGUCAUUCAAAAUGGUGUGCUGCAUGAGCUGUUCAUGUACCAUUAAUUGUCAUCACAGUUUGAUUUGAUUAUUUCAGAUCACCCAACUUUGGGUUCACUUUUGAGAUGCAUCAUCCUCCAAACUAAACAAAAUGACAUUAAUCUGAACAUAAAGCUCAUGCACAAUGAUCUAAUUAAAAACAUGGAGCCCAGUUAAAUCUUAAGAACCAGGAGACAUCUCUCUGUCACUUUCAAAAAAAAAAAAAACUUGCAGAUUUUUGUUUUUAUAAUCCUUCUGCCUAAUAAUAACUGUGGUUAUAAAUGUAUUUUUGUAUUAUGAGGUUUGCAGAGCUAAAAAAUAAGUAACCCAUUGCCCUUAUGUUCAACUAUGUUGAUAGAAUCCACCCACAAUGUAAAUAUGUCUGUAAAGACAUAAGCUAAAUAGACAACUUAGUACCCCAAUGAAAACUCAGUACCAAGUGUUACCAAGAGGCCUAUGUCACUUAGCAGGGGUCUCAGAAGGUGGCAAAUAAAUGAGUGAAUGAAAACUACUACAGAGGGCUUACCUUCUGGCAGCCAUAUUAAAGGACCUCAGCCUUUACUAACAACAGCUGCAAAAGGAAGAAUGUGUUUCUAUGCACAAAAUUUAUUAAAAUUGUUCAGUUUUUUUUGUUUUUUUUUUACUGUGAACCGAUUUUUCGUGUUUAAUAUAGAGUCACCAGGUUAGUUAGAAGCCUAGCGUCACUUUUUUUUUUUUUUUUAACAUUGAGAAACAAGACGAGGACUAAAAGCAAGACAUUUGAGUCACAGCCCUAAACUCCAUUUAAAAACAAAGAAAAUCUGCCUUACAGUUAUGAAACAACCAGCAGCCCAGUUGUGACACACCGGAACAUGUUGCUAGAUUUGAGACACAACAGCAAAGCCUGUAUAGGUGGAUUUGUCAUUGGCUUUUUAGCGAUUUUUCUUAUUAUUCUCUUUUUUGGUUGUUGUCUUUAGUACCCACUUCACCCCGUCUGCGGUAGGAACCAGAUGAGUGCUCCUUUUUGUUGGUCUACUGUAGAUUCAAAUCAAGGAAACUGACAUCUCUCAAUCUAAAGUACAUCCUUGUAAUGGUUUUUAACUAACCACAGAUUUUAAUUUAUUUUUAAAGUGCCCAUGGCAUGCUUAUUUAUAGCCAUUACAUUUUUAAUCUUGGGUACCUCUAGAUUAGCUUUGCACCCAUCAUAACUCCAAAUAGUCUGUGAUUAUUUCAGAACAAUAAAACCCGAUAUCACAAGGAGAGCCUCUUACAGUCCUCUUGCCAACCCACAACACAUCCCAUGAAGCAGACACACUGGCCUCAAGCAGUCAAAACAAACAGCUACUGUGCUCCAGGGGA